CCACGACUGAACACUCAUAAAAUAAUGGCCUCAUGAGGAACGUGUAUUUAUGUUACAAUAUUCCGUUUUUCAAGUAUGAAGGAACUCAUCUCGUUUGCUUUCGGCACGUUUUGUCUUCUUGCAUCUCUAAGUAAUGUUUUUGGAGAGCUGGCCAGUCCUCGCAAUGUUGCCAUGGAAACCCUGAAUACAAACUAUGUCCUAAAAUGGGACUGGGACCAGGAAACAGCAGGAAACCAGAAUGUGACCUUCACUGUAGAGUACAUAGCUCGGUUUAAGAUCAGCCGGAAGUCAAAGAGGCAUGACUGGACGCCUGUUUGCGUGAAUGUGCCCGAGAGGCACUGCGACAUCUCUGAAGCUGAGCUGCACUAUUUGGGUUUGUGGGUGUUACGAGUUCAGGCCAGACAGGGCCAGCUCAGGUCUGCCUGGGUCGAGAAGGAGUUCUGUCCCGAUAAAGAUGCCACUAUCGGUCCGCCCUCCAACGUGUCUCUGAACCUUGUCAAUGGCUUCCUAGAGGUCAUGAUCUCUGACCCUUUGGACCACAACAAUAAGUCCAUGAAGGAGAUGAUUUCACACCUGCGCUACGUGAUCCAGUACUGGAAGCAUCCCUCACAUGCUCAGAAGCCGUUUGUUCUCGAGCCCACUGCUAACAUCGUGGUUCUUCCGGACCUGGAGAACUGGACUCUGUACUGCGUCAGGGUGCAGUCUCGUUAUGACUAUUAUAACAAGAGCAGCGUUUUCAGCCCCACCCAGUGCAUGCAGACCGAAGGUCCCACAUCAUACUUGGUGAUCUUUCUUUACUUCUUGCUGUCUCUGAUGCUGUGUUUCCUGAUGGUUCUGCUGGUCUCAUUUACCUUCUACAAAGUCUCCAAGAUCGUGAAGACCACCUUCUUCCCUUCCAUCCAGCUGCCCACUCCCAUACAGGAGUACCUCUCUGAUUCUCCAAGCUCAGACCUGCCCUGCCUUCUGACUCCAGAAUCAGAGCAAGAGAUUUUCUGCGACAGGCUGGAGGUGGUGGAGUCUGAGCCGGUCCUCAAGGAGACGGUGGUGUUGGAGGUCCAUAUUCCUCCCACGGGGUCCUCCGGCUUCCCGCUGGAGCAAGACAGCGGGAAGCACAGUCGGCAUGGCAGCGGGGAUUCCGGGAUGUACUCGACGGAGGAGAGCUCUGCAUCCCGAUGUCAGGAGGCAGCCCCGCCGUACAGCGAUGGGUUUGUGGAAACACCUGCAGAAGAAAUGAAGAUGGUGAAAAUCGGGAGAGACACGGAGCAGGGAGAAACCGAGCUGGACGAAGGGGUUCGAGAUGUGUGCAUUUAACACGGCCAGCCAAAGAAGAGAUGACGGCGCUUUUUUUUUUUUUUUUUUUUUUAAAGAC